AUGUGUCGUGUAAUUCUCGAAGUCGACAUCACACCUAACAGACGAAUUUUACAAAAUGCUGAGAUAAUUGACUCGCCAGUCGUUCGGGUAGCCAACCCUGACACUAUUAUUUAUUUAAGACGGUUGCACCAAGAAUACUCACUAAUAAAUAAUUCAGGCGAGAGGAGGAGGAUAUGGUCAGCACAUGCGAGAUCGGUUUCUUUACGGUGUAAUGUAGAAUUGAGAGUUGUGUGUAUGUUAAUGCGUGAUAGUCACUAUGAUCGAUCGAUUCCUGAAGAUGAGAUUAUAAUUCAAUUAUCGUUUCGUGUUUUGAUACAGUCAUCUAGAUCGAUCCGUAGGCAUACACAAUAUUAUAUUAUAAUGCAGUUAGUUUACGGGUUCCGAAGAAUAGCGAUGUUUGAUUCGGAACGUAUUAGGGAUCAAAUAGAAACAGAAUGGACGAUGAAUGUUUUAACCAUUCUGACAUAUCUACAUUUUGAUCUAUACACUUCUCGUUUUAUUCUUCAAAGAAUAAGAAAUCUAAACUAA